CGGCCUGGGCUGGAACUUCGAUCACGUGACAGAUUAAAUAUUUUUGAUUGGCCAUAUUGGCCACAUGAACGCGUCAUGUUUAUUAGUUCCGUUUCCUCGGUUUUUUCGGUCUCAAAGGUAUUUUUCUUUUCUUUUAUUCUUAUUUCUGACUUACAUUCUGCUUACACUUUGUUUCUUACUACUCUAUUUCAUUAUUUUUAGGUCCUUUAGUCCUUCCGGUUCUGCAAUUAAGGUUCAGUUGUUUUUCACUUUACGUUUCGUUUCUUACUACUCAUUUUUUAUUUUUUUUUAUUUUGUUUCAUAAUUCGGUUUUCAAUAAUUUUAUUUCAUUGUUUUUUUAGAUAUUUUAGUUCUUUCAGUUCUACAAUUAAUAAGGGUAUGUUUUUUUAUUUUUUUAUUUAUUUUUUUAAUUUCGUUUCUAUCUUAUAUUUCGAUUCUUACUAACUUUAAUUUUUU